AGAUUGUCAAAUCGCUUAACCUCAAUAACCUUCAAAGUUCAAAACUCUUAAUCUUCAUCUCAUUAUUACUAGGAUAUCCUCACAUUACUGAAACUUAUAAUUGAAAAAAUGUCAUUAAUCUUGAGGCGGCCACAGCUGAGAGGUGUAUUGGUGAGCAUCAUUAGGAAUACUUCCAGUACAUCAAACAACGAUACCCCAAACAACGUUGCCCCAAACAAUGAUGCCCCAAACUUCGAUAUGCCAAAUCCGUUUGAAAAAGAAAGGGUUCAAUGCAUAUUGUGCAAAAGUGGUGUUCCUGUUGACUAUAAGAAUGUGAGAUUAUUAUCCCAGUUUCAGUCAGCGUAUACAGGAAGAAUAUACGGAAGACAUAUUACAGGAUUGUGCAAGAAACAACAGGAAAUAGUGGAAGGUGAAAUUAUUAAGGCUCAAGUGGCUGGACUUAUGGGUGGUUACUUAAAACAUACUGAUUUCCUUGAUGAUCCUGUACUUUAUGAUUUAGAUAAUCCCAUACGACCACAUAGAUUCUAGAUUUAUUGUAGUAUUUAUAAAUUUGUUUCACCUUA